AUGAAACGGGUCUUCUCCCGAACAACCUCCGGCUCCUCCAACUCCAACUCCCCGUCUUCGUGUCCCCAUCCUUCCAAACCCAAGGCUACAACUGUAGUUCUGGCGGGAGUCAAGACGGUCAAAGUGAAGCCGAGGGUAGGAAAGGACGGGAAUCCCAUUAUCGAGCUAUACAAGCCCCACGAGGUACCGCGCUCAAAGUACCGUGGCCCUUUCGAUGAGGAGCAUUUGAAAAGGCUGGCUGCGUAUUCGAUUCCCGCCGCCAUGUCGGACAGGCCCAGGUCAAUGGUGUCAGAGCUGUCGCCCAUGGGUACCUGGGCACCGCCUUCAAGACGGAACAGUCUGGCUAGCCAUGAGGCGGCGGCGAAGAAGAUGAUUGAAGGACUGACUCAAGCUUUGGAGAAUAUGGAACGGGAACAUAUGACAGAACAACACAUCGAAUGA